CCUCCCACUUCUUAUUUCAAAACAAGGAGAAAAGAAAGGAAAUGGUUAUCAGAUGGAAAGUGGCGAAAGGUGGCGCGAGUUCACUCUAGGUUUUUUAUUAUUUCUUUCCCGAAACAAGUUCGCGUUGUUUCGGAAUGGAGAAGCAGGUGGGACUGUGUCCAUGAUAUUGUAGAACCGGGAGCAGCAACCUAAAAUCUCGCUUAGUGACUCGGGUCGUGCGGUGGGAAACCAUACGGCUCCGGUUAAACUCAAUACAGUAUUUAUACGGAUUAAUACGUACUAAUUUCGAGAAAAAGUUCUUGUUUUUUGUGGCACGUUCAUUAGCAUUAACGUUAUUAAGGGUAUCCUAUAUAGCUAUUAACUAAAUCGAUAGAUUUAACUGGCGAUUGCGACGCGCCAAUACUUUCUGCAGCUAUACUACAGGCGGCGUGGGUGUCAACGAUCGUUAACUUCUCCUUUGCUUUUGCAAAGUGAAACAAAUAAAACAACCGCAGCUGAAAGCAGCACCUGCACCAGCAUUCAUCCUAAAUACACACCGUGAUUGCGAGCCAUCGGGAGACAGAGAUAUGAAUGAAGGGCAGUUUCAGCGCUCCGAUUCGGAGAAGGACAUGGAGGAUGAGCUGCGGACUGUAUGCUGGUACCACUAUGACCUGUCUCGUCACGCUGCCGAGGCGCUACUCCUCUCCAACGGCCGUGACGGCAGCUACCUCCUCCGGAACAGUCAGGAAGGACCCACCUUCUUCGCCCUGUCUGUCAGAGCAAAGGACUCGGUGAAACAUUUUCACGUGAUCCGGAAGGACAACCGGUACUGUUUCGGAUUCAAUGAAUUCCCCUCCCUGCGAGAAUUCAUCAACCACUUUGCCAACCAGCCACUGCUAGGCAGUGAAACGGGGACUCUGAUUGUCCUCAAGUGCCCGUACCCCCACACGGUAGAGGAGCCAUCCAUCUACGAGUCAGUGCGUGUGCACACUGCCAUGAAGACGGGACGCACCGAGACCGACCUGGUGCCUGACGCCCCCUCCCUAGGCACAAAAGAAGGAUAUCUGGUGAAGCAAGGCGGUAUAAUUAAGAACUGGAAAACCAGGUGGUUCACCUUAAAUCGAAAUGAGCUCAAAUAUUUCAAAGACAAAAUGUUUGAUGAGCCGAUCCGUACCCUGGACCUGACGGCAUGUUCAGCAGUCCAGUUUGAUUACUCUCAGGAAAGAGUAAACUGCUUUUGCCUGGUGUUUCCUGAGAGAACAUUCUACCUUUGCGCUAAGACUGGAGUGGAGGCGGAUGAAUGGAUAAAGAUACUGCGGUGGAAACUAUCACAGAUAAAAAAAGGUCGAUGACAGAGAAGACAGCAUCCGGAGUGAAUCCUGGUAGCAAUUAUCCAUUAAGUGAAAGCCUUAGGUAAACGUAGUUCCUGUUAAAUAUGGUAUUCAUGCCAUUUUAUUUGCACUAAAGUGGUUUACGGAAGUCUGCAAUGGUCAGAAUGGGCAGGCAGCAAGUUCAAUUGUUCUGUGAAUUUCUCUGUGAGGUGGUUGGACUUUGAAAUGAAAGCCUAGCUAUUUUCCCUCUAAAAAAAAUCAGGAUUGCAAAAUCUUGUCCUCACCAUUUUUUUCAGUUUUUUUUUAUUUUAUUUUUAUUAUUAUUAAUUUAUUUUUUAUAUUACAUAUUUUAUAUACAGAUGCUUCUCGCUUCACGACGGUUUGACUUUACGAUGGUGCGAUACUGAUCCACACUCAGUAGUCAUCAGACCACACUUCGCAUUUUGGUCUCUUCCCAGGCUAGCGAUAUGCCGUACGAUAAUUUCUACAGAUGCCGGCCAAUGGCAGCAUCUACGCAGCCACACUUCCAGUCUCUGUAGCGAUUGCGAGUGUAAACACGUCAUACAGUGCUAAACAACGUAUUGUACAGUAACUUAUUUAUAAUAUCAUAUUCAGCUUACUGUAGCCCAUUUGGGAGUCAGGCGUCAUCCCAACUGACUGAAACAGGACUUUCAGUCCCUGUCUGUCAGGGAAUGGUGAUCGCCUGGAUUGAGGCAACUACAGGGGGAUAAUACUGCUUUCAGUUCAGGGUAAGGUCCUUUCUACGGUCAUCCUUAACUGUGUGGCACUCCUGAUAUCAUUGCAAGAGGAUGAAGGUCCAAGUCUUUAGAGUGCUGGUGCUCUUCUUGCUGUAUGGCUGUGAGACAUGGACGUACUCCUGUGAGCUGUGACCAAGACUGGACUCCUUCAGUACUGUCUCUCUUCGGAGAAUCCUUGGAUACUGCUGGUUUGACUUUGUGUUAAGAGUGGUUGCUAGAGGAGUCCUGAAUGAGGCAGAUUACCUGCAUUGUGAGGGAGCGUCAGUUAAGGCAUUACGGCCAUGUGGCACGUUUCCCUGAGGGUGAUCCGGCUCGCAGGAUCCUCAUUGCUGAGGAGCCAUGCGGCUGGACCAGGCCGAGGGGACGCCCACGUAACACCUGGCUGCGUCAGAUGGAUGGCCAUUUACGGAGGGUGGGACUGGACUGUGUGUCUGCCUGGGGCAUUGCCAGCUGGGAUUCCAAGGAGUUUCGCUGUGUGGGGAUUACGGCAACACGCUGCAAAAGCUCAUGCUCCCCAACCUGACCUAACCUGACUUUACUAUACUGUCAACUUAGGAAAAGUUCUUCGGAACUUAAACCCAUCGUAAGUCGAGGAGCAUCUGUGAGUGUAAUCUUUCCCAUUUACAUACUUCUGACAUCUGGUUAUAUUUUCAUGUUAACUCUUGUGGCAGUGUUAAAUACAGGCCUUUACUUUAGCCCAUGUGAUGUUUAUCAAGUAGACUGUGCCAGGCUGACAUCAUUUUAUCACUGUCUUUCUCAACCUGGUCCUCGGAGACACCCCCAGAGAGUCCGAGGAGCUGGGAGGGAGUAACAUGGACUGACAGGGGAUCCCUGAAGGACCAGGUUGUGAAACUGUUUUAAGCAUCUGUGGACCACACUUUGUUAUCAUGGGUGUUUGAACUUAGCUUCUGCUAUAUGCUUCCUUUUAGAGAGAACAUUUACAGUUAAACAUCACCACGUGUAAUAUAAGAAUGCCGUGUUGUUGUUAAGGUACUAUAUUCAUAAAUAUUGAAAAUUAUCAUUGUUAAAAUGUAUUUUCAUCAAAUCAACUGCCACAGGAGUUUCCUAUUUUAGAAUGACCAAGUCAGAGUCCUGACCUCGAUCCCAUUGAGAUGCUGUGGCGUGACAGUUCUGUAUGCAGGACUGGCCAAAAUACCGUGUCAGUCAAAAGUUUGGACACACCAAGCUAUCUAGCGUCACUCCACCAGCUGGCCACCUGACCUAAACACACCAGAAAUGGUUUUGAAGGAGUUUGACCGAAGAGUGAAGAAAAGGGGCCAAUGAGGGCUCAGCAUAUAUGGGACCUCCUUUAGGACUUCUGGAAAAGCUUCCCAGGAGGCCACCUCAGGAAAGUGGUGUAGGAGACAGUAGUGUUAGCCAGUCCCUGGAGUAGCUGGGAUUAAGGGCCUUGCUUAAGGGCCUAAUGAAGGGAUCACUCUACAGAACCAGGGAUUUGAACCAGCAACCUUCUGAGUCUCCACCCACAGAGCUCUCUCCAUGCAGCAUUUUUUUUGUUGAAUACUUUUUUGGUCCUUGCAUAAUUCCAUUUUUGGUCUUCAUGUCUACAUCUUAGAAACAUUAUAAAGACAAUACUGCAAAUAAAUCUUUCUGUGGGUAGGUGUGUCCAAAAUUUUUACUGGUACUGUACCUCCUGAGCACUGCACAGAUCUGAAACAGCUACAGAAAGCAUUUGGUCAAGGCUGUAGCCAUCACAAGAGGCUUUAGCAGUCACAGAAUAUAAGGGUUGACAUACUUUUUCCAUCAGUAACAUGGAAUAUUUAAACUAUAAGUUCUCAAUAAAGAUGUAGCAAUGUU